AUGAAGGUGGUAUCACUUUUUCUUGCAGCGUGUCUGGCAGUAUUGGGUGCUGUCAGUAAGGCAGUGACGGGGCAGCCUUCCGGUAAGGCCAUGACACUCAAGGGAGCUGAAACAUUAUGCAAUCUCAGUCAUGCCUUGAGGGCCGUGAGUGCUAAGACUCAGGACAAACAAAAGAAUGCGACAGAAAUGGUGGAUAAGUUUCGGGAGUGGAGACAUCGGCACGGUGUAAAGGGAAGGACAUGGAGGGCAAUAGUGCAGGGUUUGGAGAAGAUAGGUGUUGUUAAUGAAAGUUACAUGGAAGGUAUAAAGAAAACAUAUGCGGAAAUGGAAAAGAUAAUGAACAAUACAGACAAGGCUCUGCAGGUAAUGGAUACUAGUUUUUUAAACAUUGUAAGAGUUUCCUAUCAUGUUGUGAAUGCAUCACUGUCAAUAGGACAAGUGUUGAGGGAUCUGGUAGUAUUGUUUGAGCAAACAAAGGGAAGUGGAAACAAUUGGUGCUGUUUGGUGAAGGAGAAAACUGCCUCUUCAGGAAAUGGAUGUGGAAGUGGGAGCGGUAGUGGAAGUGAUGGCAAACACGAGUUGGCCGAGGCUCCAGAAGAGUGUAAUAUGUCUGUUACAAAGGAUAUGUCAGAUUAUGGUAUACUUGCCACGCUAGAUAAAUACACAAAUAACCAAGAUGUUGAAUUAACAGUUAACGCGUCACCGAACUGCUGGAUUAUGGGUACGGAAGAGGUUGCAAAUGGAGGAGCUGGAUCUUUUAUAGUGGGAACCACUGGAGGGUUCGUUACCUAUAGCCAAGGUUCUGCCGUUAUCCUGAAGUCUGGUGACAUGGUGCUCAAACUUAUCAGCAAUUACACUUCAAUCAGAGACGGAUAUGAAAGUAUUACAAAACAGUACCGUGAUGUAGAGCCAACUCUUACUUCCUUUUCUGAGCAUGAAAAUAAACUAAAAAAAUUGUUAACUCAGAGUCCGAUGGUGCGUAGAUAUUUCAAGGAGAAUGGAAGGAAACGCAAGGGAAGUGUCGAUGACGAUGAUGUUAUAGAUGAAGAAGGAUUUACAAUGAGGAAGCAACAUACCCUAAUGGGUUUAAUGGCUUUUGCAGCAGUUUUGGUUAUGUAA